UGGGCGGACCGGAAGUUGACCUCCCCGCAAUCCCCAGGUGCCAAGGGUCUGGGCUCGCCGUCGUCCCCGGGGAAUGUGGAGACCUAGCAGUAUGUCGGCGGACCUGGGCAUCGGGUUCGCACUGCGGGCAGUGAACGAGCGUGUGCAGCAGGCUGUGGCGCGGCGGCCGCCGGAUCUCCCAGCCAUCCAGCCCCGGCUUGUAGCAGUCAGCAAAACCAAACCUGUGGAGAUGGUGAUUGAGGCCUACAAUCAAGGCCAGCGCACUUUUGGAGAAAACUACGUUCAGGAACUACUAGAAAAAGCAUCAAAUCCUAAAAUUCUGUCUUCAUGUCCUGACAUCAAAUGGCACUUCAUUGGCCACCUGCAGAAACAAAAUGUCAACAAGUUGAUGGCCGUCCCCAACCUCUCCAUACUGGAGACAGUGAGUUCCGUGAAGUUGGCAGACAGAGUCAACAGUUCCUGGCAGAAGAAAGGCUGCCCUGAAAGGCUGAAGGUUAUGGUACAGAUCAACACCAGUGGAGAGGAGAGUAAACAUGGCCUUCCACCCUCAGAAAUGAUAGGCCUGGUGGAGCACCUCAAUGCCAAGUGCCCCAGCCUGGAGUUCGUGGGGCUGAUGACCAUAGGGAGCUUCGGCCAUGAUCUCAGUCAGGGACCGAAUCCAGACUUCCAGAUGCUGCGGUCGCUGCGGGAGGAGUUGUGUGAAAAGCUGCGCGUCCCCGCCGGGCGGGUGGAACUGAGCAUGGGCAUGUCCACGGACUUCCCGCACGCAAUUGAAGUUGGAUCGACAAACAUCCGGGUAGGGACCACCAUUUUCGGAGAGCGGGAUUACUCCAAGAAACCUGUCCUGGGUGAGACCACAACAGAGCUGAAGGCUCCGGUGGGGGCAGCACAGGCGCACUGAGCUAGGACAGCCAAGAUGACCAGCUGUGCACCAACAAGGGUUUGUCGUGACAUCCCCGCCUUACCGCCCAGCCACGCACCCCUGGGACCUGAACAGAGCGUGGACGGUCCCAGGUGUUGACUGAAGCCACCUGUGCUUCGUCUGUGACGUAGGAAGCCUGCUUCAAACAGUGGCUUCGGGUCACAUUUGAGAAUCCACACUCUUCUGUAGAAACAAAUGCCAAAUCAGUAGCCAGGAUCAAGUCGCAUAUGGAAUUCUGCGCUGGAGCACUAACCAGCUCAUGGAUGCCUUUUUCAGGUUGAACUAUGGAUUGCUGGUGCCUGUAAUCAUGGAAGUCAGAGGGGUUCCCAUUCCCCACCCCACUUUUGUAGGAAAUUCCCCACAACGCUAGUCACCUUCACUGUUGGAAGCAAGGUGGUUUUGCCCCACUGUGUGCGGCGGACCUGUUCCCUGCUCUGGAGUGCAGACUCCGUAAAUCCAGCCAGGCCUCCAGUUACAGCUCCACGUGCACGUUAUUAGUGACAGCGUCACUGACCACUGUGACCCUGAGAUUUUAGGGGUGACUUUUCGUAAAUAGGACCUAAGCCUUUCUUCUAUCCUCAAGAGAUGGAACUUUGAGCUUUUCCCGACGGGAGUUUUAUGGUGUGAUGUCUUCUCCACCACCUUUCUGGUGGUUUUUUAGCAGAGACCAGUGAAAUCUCAACCCUCCUGGAAAUGAAAGCCUGUGGAGCGCAUGCAGGCAUUUGCUUUCAGCCUCGCUUCCCCCUUCCCUCUGAGAAGGCUCACUCCGCCUCACACUGUCUCUGUAAGCCACCGUUUGGCAGCUCUUCUUGAUUGAUCAUUAAUGCAGUGGCAAGAUCUUCAAAGAGCAGAAAGCACAAUCUUGAGUCCCGAUGGCUUCAGUGUGGGUGGUUGUUUUCUAGAUAGCUUUUUCUCUUAUUCCAGUAGUCUUUAAUUUUAUGAAAUAACUGAGAACACGAUGUUGCUGCUGAAUGUAAUUUUGUAAAACACCAUUGUGAUUCCCAUUUCAAAGCUAUAGUGUGAUAUUUCAGAGUCUAUUAAAUUAAAAUGUGAAUUUGAAUUAUACCAUCUGUGCCAAUUACAAAGCAAUUAAAAGAUUUAUUUUCUG